AUGGUUGGUAAACCCCGCCUCAACAGCCCCGCCCCAACAACCCCGCCUCAACAGCCCCGCCUCAACAGCCCCGCCCCAACAGCCCCGCCUCAACAGCCCCGCCCCAAUAGCCCCGCCCCACAGCCCCGCCUCAACAGCCCCGCCUCAACAGCCCCGCCUCAACAGCCCCGCCCCAACAGCUCCGCCUCAACAGUCCCGCCCCAACAGCCCCGCCCCAACAGCCCCGCCUCAACAGCCCCGCCUCAACAGCCCCGCCCCACAGCUCCGCCCCACAGCCCCGCCUCAACAGCCCCGCCUCAACAGCCCUGCCUCAACAACCCCGCCCCAACAGCCCCGCCUCAACAGCCCCGCCCCAACUGCCCCGCCCCAAUAGCCCCGCCUCAACGGCCACGCCCCAACAGUCCCGCCUCAACAGCCCCGCCUCAACAGCCCCGCCCCAACAGCUCCGCCUCAACAGCCCCGCCCCAACAGCCCCGCCCCAACAGCCCCGCCUCAACAGCCCCGCCCCAACCGCCCCGCCCCACAGCCCCGCCUCAACAGCCCCGCCUCAACAGCCCCGCCUCAACAGCUCCGCCUCAACAGCCCCGCCCCAACAGCCCUCCUCACCAGCCCCGCCUCACCAGCCCCGCCUCACCAGCCCCGCCUCCCACCUCUCCGCAAGAGGGAAACAAAAAGUGCAUUAGAAAGCCAGAAAGUCUAAUCUCUUCUGUCAACCGGUGA